AUAUUAAUGUACCCAAAAUUAAACCGAAUCCUUUAUUCUUAGGGUAAUAUGCCCACAAGCGCGACCUAGUCUCCAUCUUAAAACAUAAAUUAUAAUGAUGUAGGGUAAGAGUGCAAUCAAUAGUAUGAGAGAGCUACUGGAUAUGAAACUUAAUUAAGUUCGUAAAAUAAACCGAUAGCAGGAUGAUAACAUAAAAUUACUUAAGUCUCGAUUGAAUCAUAUUUAACACUAAGAUGUGGUUUGCUAAAGGAAUAUUUCUAGAACAAGUAAUGAAAUCUAAUCUAUAAUUUCUACAAAAUCUAGAGUUAAUGAAGACUAAAUGAGGAAGGUACAUUUAUAAAACAUAUUAAUUAUCAUUAGUAAUUCUUAGAAGAGAUAAAAUAAAAGAAACUAGAGGAAUAUUCUUAAAGAGCCAAUAUGUCAAAGAUUGAGAGAAUAAAAAGGAGCAAGAAUGUUGAAAACUGUAAGAAUAUAAAUGUAUUUCUUAGAGAAACAAGUAUAUUCUGAAACUCACUCUUUCUUAAAUAAGGAAUAUAAAAUGAAUCUCUCUUAAGCUAAAUUAUAAACUUGGAAUGAAAUAUAUGGGACUAAUUGCAAAUCUCACAAGCUCAUCAGAUAAGCUCAUCUAAAACAUUAAUAAGACAAGAUUGUCUAAUUAUAAAUAGUAUUAUAAUAAUUGAUUCUAGAAAUAAUAAGAAGGAUAAUAUAAUUAUAAAUAGAAGAUUAUAAAAGAAGCAUAAUAAUUUAAAGAAAGAUAAAUGAGAGUAACAGAAUUAGAGGAGGCUGAGGAAUAAUAUUUGAUGAAACUAAAAGUAACUCAAAGUAAGAAUCGAUCUAUGAGUGCUAAAAAAGAAGAGAUCAAGAGAUUGCCUGCAGAUAAAAUAACAAUUAGCAAAAACAAUCUCUUUAGAAUAAAUUGAUUUU